GAAACAGUAUUUCUAUAUUCAAUAUACCAGUAUUUCUAUAUAUUCUACGAAACAGUAUUUCUAUAUUCAAUAUACCAGUAUUUCUAUAUAUUCUACGAAACAGUAUUUCUAUAUUCAAUAUACCAGUAUUUCUAUAUAUUUUACCGAACAGUUUUUCUAUAUUCAAUAUACCAGUAUUUCUAUAUAUUUUACCGAACAGUUUUUCUAUAUUCAAUAUACCAGUAUUUCUAU